CAAAAAUCUUCAGAGCUAUCAACUCCAUCAUUUGAAGAUCUCUUCUCUCUUUCCCUCUAAAUCUCCUUUCUUUCUGCAUCCUCUGCUAUCCUUGAAUCCAUGGAAUUUGCUUCUUCCUCUCUCUAUCAAGCUCACAAGGUCGCUCUCACGCGCCAACCUUCUCCCCCGGUCAACUCCUGCUCCCUCGGUUCCGUCUCCGUCAUCGGAUUCUCUCUUCCGCAGAUCAGCUCACCGUCUCUAGCUAAAUGUCGCCGAAAACAGAGCUCUUUUAGCUCCGUGAGAGCUUGUGUUGCCGUGGAACAGAAGACACGAACUGCUAUCAUCAGAAUUGGCACACGUGGAAGUCCUCUAGCACUUGCUCAAGCGUACGAGACACGAGCAAAGCUCCAGGCAAAACACCCUGAGCUCACUGAAGACGGAGCUAUCCACAUCGAGAUCAUCAAAACCACUGGUGACAAGAUUCUCUCUCAGCCGCUCGCUGAUAUUGGUGGGAAAGGGCUUUUCACCAAAGAGAUUGACGAGGCCUUGAUAAACGGUCAUAUCGACAUAGCUGUUCAUUCGAUGAAAGAUGUGCCGACUUAUCUACCGGAGAAAACGGUUUUGACUUGUAACCUUGUGCGUGAAGAUGUCAGAGAUGCUUUUAUUUGUUUGACUGCAGCUUCUCUAGCUGAGCUUCCAGCUGGAAGUGUUGUGGGAACAGCUUCUCUUAGGAGAAAGUCGCAGAUACUCCACAAGUAUCCUUCAUUAAGUGUUGAGGAGAACUUUAGAGGUAAUGUGCAAACAAGACUAUCGAAGCUUCAAGGAGGAAAAGUCCAUGCAACUUUAUUAGCACUAGCUGGUCUCAAGAGAUUGAGUAUGACAGAGAAUGUUGCAUCAAUCUUAUCUCUGGAUGAAAUGCUUCCAGCUGUUGCUCAAGGCGCAAUCGGAAUUGCCUGCAGAACCGAUGAUGAUAAAAUGGCAAACUACUUAGCCUCAUUGAACCACGAGGAAACGAGACUAGCGGUAGCAUGCGAGAGAGCGUUUCUUGAAACGCUGGAUGGCUCAUGCCGUACUCCUAUUGCUGGAUACGCCGCCAAGGACGAAGAAGGCAACUGCUAUUUCAGAGGAUUGGUUGCAUCUCCUGAUGGUACUAAAGUUCUUGAGACCUCAAGAAAAGGUCCAUAUGUGUUUGAGGACAUGGUGAAGAUGGGAAAAGACGCUGGGCAAGAACUGCUCUCACGUGCUGGUCCAGGCUUCUUCGGCAACUAAGCCAUUAGAAGACGAGGAGGAAGAAGAAGGGCUGUAACAUGGUCAGAGCCAAGUGAACUGUUGUAACUUUUUUGAUUUUUGAGAGAUAUAUAACAAUGUUUUAUCGAUUGUAUUCUUGUCUUUAGAUAAAAUUAUUCUUGCAAUUGUAACUUUUUCAUCCUACUAUGAAACAUUCCCAAGAAACUA